UGACAGAACAAGUUCAAAGUCUCCCUCGUCAUAGUUGGCGGUUUUUUCUCGUUCUUCAUGGAACGGAUUGAAUCUGAAAGCUGCUUCUUCUUCUCUCUUCAAAUCAAUCAAUCUGAACAAAUUUUCAGAUCUCAAUUUCAAGAAACAAUAAUCAUGGCAACAGUCUCACCUCUAGCCAAGUACAAGUUGGUUUUCUUGGGAGAUCAAUCCGUCGGAAAAACCAGCAUCAUCACCCGCUUCAUGUACGAUAAAUUCGACACCACUUACCAGGCUACAAUUGGGAUUGAUUUCUUAUCCAAAACAAUGUACCUUGAAGAUCGGACGGUCCGUUUGCAACUUUGGGAUACGGCUGGGCAAGAGAGAUUUAGGAGUCUGAUUCCGAGCUAUAUCAGAGAUUCUUCUGUUGCAGUAAUAGUCUAUGAUGUGGCUAAUAGACAAUCAUUCUUGAACACUUCUAGGUGGAUUGAGGAGGUUCGAACAGAGCGAGGUGGUGAUGUUAUUAUCGUCCUUGUAGGGAACAAAACCGAUCUUGUUGAUAAAAGGCAAGUGUCCAUAGAGGAAGGAGAUGGCAAGGCUCGCGAGUCCGGGGUCAUGUUUAUAGAAACAAGUGCAAAAGCAGGAUUCAAUAUCAAGCCUCUCUUUCGCAAGAUAGCGGCUGCAUUGCCAGGAAUGGAGACUCUUUCUUCCACAAAACAAGAAGACAUGGUGGAUGUGAACCUAAAGCCUACUGUGAGUUCAUCGCAGUCAGAUAACCAAGGAGGAGGUUGUGCUUGUUAAACAGAAUGUAGAAAAUAAUAUACAAAGGAGCUACAACUUUGAACCAUUCAACACUCCAGAGGGAUUUCGGCUAAUGUGACCGCAAUUUUUUGAUCAAUAUACUUUCAAGCUUUUGAGUGUUUUAAAGUUGUAGAAGGAAUUAUUCUCGUGUUCCAGAAUACUAGAACAUUUUGAAAAUUUUGUAACUGAGUAUUAAGCUGUAUUUGGGAUUUUUUUUUUCGUCAGAUUGACUCAUUUUUAGGCAUAUUGAAAGCUUUAAAUGGAGUAGUUGUUUUGCAGAAUAAUGAAUUGGAUCCAAUUACAAUGUUUUGAAGGCAUUAGUUUCAUAAUCUACAAGUUCUUGUUGAAUGUUACAAGUCUAUCAUUGAAUGUGAAAAUUGCAAAUCCUCUUUAUUUAGGCUUUCAAUGAUUUAAGCAAGAUAUUUCAGGUAAGAAUACUGCUUUUAUUGAAAAGAAAGAAAAAACUAAA